AUGCUUCCCGGAAAAGAUGUAGCAGCACUCAUGAAUGUGAAGACUAGAAGGCUUGCUUGUAGUAGUCGAAAUGUGAAUGGGUGUUAUUGUCGAGGCUCUAAAAGUGGACAGUCUGCAGAAGCUCUGCUCAUCUCUGGAACUUUAAUCUUCGGAGAGUUUGAGGAGGUUGAACGUGCUUUAGCGAAGAUAGGCCCUGCGAUGCUUAAUGGAAGGUCUUCCCCAAAACGAAUUGAAGGUCCAGAUGGUCGAAACUUGCAGCUGCACUUCAGGUCUAGGUUAUCACUUCCUCUCUUCACGGGUGGCAAAGUGGAAGGAAAGCAGGGUGCUGCAAUUCAUGUUGUUUUGGUUGAUGGAAGCACUGGCCAACUUGUAAUAUCUGGACCUGAAGCCUCUGUGAAACUUGAUGUUGUUGUGCUUGAAGUUGAUUUUAACAAUGAAGAUGAAGAAGGUUGGACCCAAGAAGAAUUUGAAAGUCAUGUAGUGAAGGAACGUGAAGGGAAAAGACCUUUGUUGCAUGGAGAUCUUCAGUUGACCCUCAAGGAUGGGGUAGGAACAUUAGGGGACCUUAUAUUUACUGAUAACUCUAGUUGGAUAAGAACUAGGAAAUUCAGACUUGGAUUAAAGGUUCCCUCGGGUUUUUGUGAGGGUAUACGCAUACGUGAAGCAAAGACUGAAGCUUUUACUGUUAAAGAUCACAGAGGGGAAUUAUACAAGAAACACUAUCCACCAGCAUUGAACGAUGAGGUGUGGUGAUUGGAGAAGAUUGGCAAGGAUGGAUCAUUCCACAAGAGGCUUACUAAAGCAGGAAUACUCACAGUUGAAGACUUUAUCACCUAUUAUAAUGUCAUACUUUAUCUUUAUUAGAAAAUAAUUAAAAAGUACAACUUAAGAGAGAAGGGACACUCACAACAUCAGACUUAUGCUUUGGGAAUUAAAGAGGUCUGGGAAAUUGAUGAGAGCAAACAUCAUCCUGGUUUUGUGCUUCACACAUUGGGUUGGCCUUUGGAUCAAAAGACAUAUGGAGGAUUGUUUAUGUACCACAUGAAUGAUAGAUAGGUUAGAAAGUGCUUUUUUUUUUUGCUUCGUCUAAUUCAUUCUUGACUACUCCAGAAGAAAAAAAUGACUGACCUUAUGAGAACUCAAAAUAAAACAUUUAAUUACUAUAAGUUUCUUUUUUGAUGAGAUCGUUGAGCAUUGUUUAUUGUCUGUGCCACAAGUCUAAUUGUUUUGUUGUAUGUGUGUGUGUUUUCUUUUUUGUUGUAAACUCAUGAAGCGUUAAGUCUUAUUUUUUUUAUUUUUUUUAAUCUUUCAGGUUUCCAUUGGUCUAGUAGUAGCUUUGAAUUAUCGCAAUCCAUUUUUGAACCCUUAUGAGGAGUUCCAGAAACUUAAACAUCAUCCUGCAAUCAAACCAAUGCUGGAAGGUGGGACAGUUCUCCAGUAUGGAGCUCGCACUUUGAAUGAAGGUGGUUUUCAGUCUAUCCCAUACCCAGUUUUCCCUGGAGGAGCAAUUAUUGGAUGUUCGGCUGGCUUCUUAAAUGUUCCUAAAAUCAAGGGAACACAUACAGCAAUGAAAU